AUGAUUUGUGCUGAUGCGUCUUGUGCUGUAGUUCUAAUCACUAUGGGAGUAUUACUGGGUCGAAUGACUCCCGUUCAAUUUCUCUUAUUGGCUUUUUUUGAAACGAGUAUCUCCGUAUUUGUUGAUCAUAUUGUCGUUAAUAUCUUACAUGUGAACGAUGGAGGCCGUUCGCUAGUUGUUCACGCUUUUGGCGCUUAUUUUGGCUUAGCUGCAGCGAUGGUGGGGAAGAAAAAGAAUGUGAUGGAAAUGGACGAACAGGGCUCUAUACAUCAUUCAGAUUUAUUCUCGAUGAUUGGAACGCUACUUCUCUGGGUUUUCUUCCCUUCGUUCAACGCAGCUGUACAAGAACCUGAGGAUGCUCGUCAUCGUGCUAUUAUGAACACUUACCUUGCGAUGGCUAGUGGAACUGUGACAACAUUCAUCCUGAGCUCCUUUGUGGAUAAUCUUGGUCGAUUUAAUAUGAUCCACAUUCAGAGUUCCACUCUAUCGGGUGGAGUGGCUAUAGGUUUGUUUUAUAUGGGAUUAGAGACAAAGAUGAAUUGA